CUGAAUCAGCGAAACGCAAUAAAAGUAACAGUCGUGUGUGCGACGCUCGCAUUAUACGAGCUCGUACACCUCACGGAGCCGGCCGCACCUAUUGUGUCGCUCUCUAGCUUGAACCACUCGCUAGUAAUAAACGUCGCUCACUCGCUCGAACAAAGAAAAUGCAGUGUUAUACUCACAACCUUCACGGAUUCCAAAAUCCAAGGAUCGCGUUACCUCUUCACUGAGAUCGGUUCUCACAGGACGACGAGCUUUGAGGAGCGAUGUUCACGUGUUACAGGCGCCGGCUCGGACGGGAGCUGUCGGAGGAGAGGAGAAGGAGGUUCACUCACCGAACUGGUAGUCGUUCUUUACGGCGGCCAUGAUGGAGCAGCGCUGAGAGGGUGA